UUAUUUAAUUAACUAAUUAUUAUCGAGUAGUUUUGUGAGUAGUAAGCAAAAGAGAAAAAAAGGAGAAGAAAGAAUUCGAUGGCAAUAACCAGCUCCUCUUCCACUCCAACUUCUAAGCGUCUUCUUUUCGACCGGCGUUACGGUUGGGUAAUUGAUGAAUGGAAGGACCCAUCGGAAGAAGCUCUGUCCGGUGGUCGGGGAAUGUUUUGCAUUGUGCCUCUGGCAAAGGGUUUUCUAAAGAUGGCUUCAAACUCGAUCAACCAUGCUGCAAACUCAGCAGUGAAAGCUUUGGAAAGGCCAAAGCUAUUUUCACCACAGCUACUCCAACCCAAUCUUAACGAUAAGCUUCACAAAAUUAAGUCAUUGACAAACUCCGGUACAAAUUCUUUCCUUCCCCCUUAAUAGAAAUCUCUCAUCACAUGAACGAACCAGUUGAAAUCAGUAUAUCAUACAUUGUUUAAUUGUAAUCUGGUUCCUCAAAGUUUGUUUGAUCUAAUAUUACAUUGUACCUCAGGCUUGUCUUUUAACUUCUUCAUGGUUUUAGGGUCUAGUUUUCAGUAGAGUAGACAGUAUUGUUCAAGAUGUUGAUGACGGCUGGUGUAGACAAAAUUAUGAAGGUCUUCAAAUGGUUUAUCGAGGAGCCCGUUUUGGGGGGCAAUUAGUCGAUGGUUGUCUCACUAGACCAACUAAGCUACAUUACUUUUAGCCGAAUUUACUGCUAUUAAUAUUGGAACUCCACUCCGAGCUGAUCCCCCUUGCUGUUUUUAGAGACAAACAUGUUUGGAUGCUUGAAAUGGCAGUAUAGAUGUUUGGGACUUUCAAAAUCCAAAGGAUUAACCUGACACUCAUGCCAAAUUAAAGAUAUGCUAUGUAAUUUAUGGAUUACCUCUCAUGUGAAGUGAGAAAAUAGGAUCAUUUGCAUAAUAUAAAUAUAUGUGAUUGAAGGAAAUAGUUUGGGUUAACAUCUCUCUUCCCAAUUAAGUUAGUUCCAACAGGAAGGCAUUAAUGGAAUU